CAAGGAGAGGUUCAAAGGCACGGACAAAUCUAGUCUCCAAAACUAUUCUGGGAACCUGGAAUGUACGCAGCAACCUCAAGCUCUUAACAUGAUCACUCACUGAAGCUUUCUCUAUGUCCAUGUCCGUCUGUUAUUAUCUUCAUUUGCUAAGAGUUACCUAUGAGAGAACUGUUAUACAUAGGGUGCGAAUGAAGCAGAACCACGACUGAUUUUGAGCAGAUCCUUUUGGACAGACAAGAAUGGCCUAUUCAUCCAUUGAGCACCUUCCAUUCAAAGACCAGGAACUCCCAGCCCAAAUGUUGUGCCAGCUAAACUGCCUCAGGCAUGAGAAGAUCUUCACUGACAUGCUCCUCUGCACUGAAGAUCUGGAGAUCCCAUGCCACAAGAACGUUCUGGUCUCUAGCAGUCCUUACUUCCGUGCCAUGUUUUGCAGCAACUUCCGUGAGAGCAGCCAGACUAGGGUGGACUUGAAAGGCAUCAGCUCUGAGAUUUUGAGUGGUAUUGUAGACUACAUUUACACUGGAAUCAUUAAUAUAAGCAUGGAAAUAGUGCUGCCUCUGAUGCAAGCUGCAUCCAUGCUGCAGUACACAAGGCUUUUUGAGGCUUGCUCAGCCUUUUUGCAGGAGCAGCUGAACCCGGACAAUUGCCUGAGCAUGAUUCGCCUCUCAGAGAUCCUGCACUGUGACAGCUUGAGAGAGAGGGCAAAGGAAAUGGCUGUGCGCUGUUUCUCAGACGUGGCUGCCUCAGAGGACUUUUGCGAGCUCUCACUGCCUGAACUCAUGUGCUAUCUGGAGGAUGACCGGCUUUGCGCUGAGGAAGAACAGGUGUUCGAAACACUCUUGGCCUGGAUCCACCAUGAUCCUUUUUCUCGUCGAGGUGCUAUCCACGAUCUCUUUAAGAAGGUGCGCUUGCGGUACAUCCAUCCAACAUACCUCUUCCAAUUUAUAGCCAACGAUCCUCUCGUUCAGUCCUCCACCCUUUGCACAGAGAUCAUUGAGUCAGUGAGGAGGCUGAUGUUUUCUGUUAGUGCCAAAUGCACGCGUGAGCUAAAGCCUCUCUGGACCACACCUAGACGUUACACCUGCCAGGAGACUUUAGUUGUUGUAGGGGGUCGUAAGAACAAUGAGCAGACAUCUCGCGAGGCGCUGCUCUAUGAUGAGCGUACUCAGCGCUGGCAGUGGCUGGCCAAGUUGCCCUUGCGGUUGUACAAGGCUGCUUAUGUCUGCAUACACAGUAUUCUGUAUGUCGUUGGAGGUCUCAGCCUCAGCAUGGCAUCAGGAGACAGCACAGUCAGUGCCACGGUCUACACCCUCUCACUUAAAACCAACCAGUGGAGGACAGCAGAACCUAUGCUUGAACCGCGUUAUGCCCAUCAAAGUGUGUCUUACCUGCACUUUAUCUUUGUUCUUGGAGGCAUAGGGGCAGAUAAACAGAUUUCUAACACAAUAGAGCGCUACAACAGCAUGUUCAACCGGUGGGAACCUAUGGCCCCAAUGCCCACGGCAGCGCUCCAUCCUGCAGUGGCUGCCAAUGAUCAGAGAAUCUAUGUAUUUGGAGGGGAGGAUUCCAUGCAGAAUCCGGUUAGAUUGAUACAGGUUUAUCACAUUUCACGUAACCAGUGGUUGAGAAUGGAGACAAGGACAGUAAAAAAUGUCUGUGCACCCGCCGCUGUCAUAGAAGACAAGAUUUAUAUCAUUGGAGGGUACACAAGAAGGAUGAUCGCUUACGACACCAAAGCCAACAAGUUUGUUAAAUGUGAGAACAUGAGGGAAAGGAGGAUGCAUCACUCAGCGACUGUGAUUAACAACAAGCUUUACGUGACAGGAGGACGCUUCCUCAACAACCACGACGUCAUUGAGGAUUCUGACUGCUUCGAGUGUUAUGACCCUAAAACCGAUGUCUGGACAUCUAAAGGGUCUUUACCAUACAAGCUGUUUGACCACGGGUCUCUGGCCCUGGUCUGCGUUUCCAAUCGACACAAUCCACCUUGACUAAUGCAAUUGGACCAAUCUAAUACUUGGGUAUUUUGUUGGCUCCCCUGUAGAAGAAAUAUUUCAUUUACAGGACCAUAUAUGAGACUCUCAACCAUAUCUGAAAUUCUCAUUUUUGGCUUUGAUGGUAUGAAGUGUCUUCAGUCAAAGAAUAUUUGACUGGUUAAGUAGAGGUUUUUGCUAUGGAGUCCAAGGAGUGUGCUCAGGAUCAGGAGCCCAGAUCACAGCAUCAGUUGUCUGCGCAAACCAUGUGACCCAAUAUCGCUCAUUCACAAGCUUUCUAUCACAUUCUUACCACCUCAGAGGGUUUGAAUCACCACAAUCAUUGUCAGUAUACUCCAGAUAAACAUUUAGAAUCCAAAACCACUGGACGUAUCACUGUGGAAAACACAAUUUUCUUAGCACAUUGUGGCAUACCGUAAUACCAAUCAGCAGCCCAUUUAAAGUCACUAUGUGACAACACAUUCCUUGUGCGAUAAAGGGAAAUAAAUCAAGAGCAGCUCAAUUACUGACAGUUUGUUAUGUCGCCCUCUGUUUGAAAAAGAGAAACUGCUGUUGCGCUGCACUUGCGUUUACUUGUAUGCCUUCAGUUGGGAAAACUCUUUGUUUACUUAAGAAGAAGGCCUUGUCUUCUGGGUUCAAUGCAAAAAAAAGUCACAAAAAGCACUAGACCGUAGUUCUGUGAAGAUGUGAAGACAUUUACAGUAUUUGAUAUGACUUGAAUCUUGUUUUUUAGUGCUGCUUUUGAUA